UUGUAAUGAAGAGCAGCACUUCCUCUAUGUGAAAGGUUAGAUUCUUUUUUACGACUUUUAAUUUUUCCUACUGAAAAAAAGCAACCCAUCAAAAGUUUCGAAAAUGGACGAUAAUGCUAAAGGGAUGGCUUCAAAAAUACUCUGUGACUUGCUGAACAUUGGAGGUACUGAAACGAGUAAUGGGAAUAGUUUACAGACUCAAAGAAAUGGAGAGAGAGACCUCGAUGAUUCUCUGAGUGAAUCAGCAUCCACAGCAAGUUCUCUUUCUCCUCAAAGAAGGGGAAACUCAAAGGAUCAGAUGUCUGAUGUGUCUGUCUCAGAUAGUGAAGGUGUAGCUUCAAGAAUGUCCCUUGAACCUGUCAAACAAGUCAUUGAGAUGAAAGGUAGUGAUGAUGGAAGCAGUAAAUCAGUAUAUGGAAAUGAAGUUGAAAUUGUAACUGGUGAAGCAGCUGUUUCAACAAGUGCCACAGCUAGUAAUAAGAUAAAAUUUAAUUCCAUGGUUAAUUAUGACUGGGAGCUGAAGUACUACAGAGGAUGUUUAAUAGCUGUGAGCAGCAAAUGCAUUGCUUAUGCUCUUAGAGGCCGUCAUGGCUAUGUUGUGAGGCUUCUUAACCCUGAGACAGCCUCUAGAACACUGAUCAAGGGGUUUGUUGGUACAAUUAGUGAGUUAGCAUUUUCACACAAGGACUCUAAUAUGCUGGCAUGUGUAGAUGAGGGAGGUAAUGUUUAUAUCUGGGUUAUCCAUGAAGAAGAUGGGAAACUUGAAUACUCUGUGAAACUUCACAUCAAACGUCCUUCCAGUACGCUUUCUGAGCACCACAGACUGAUAUGGACUCCGUACAUGCCUGAUGCUGAAGAGCUGGAAAGAACUGAAGAGUCUGCUGCUGAGGAAGGCCGCCCACUGGCCAUUACACAUGGAAAUCAGGUGGAGGUAAUAGAUGUUGAUUCUUUGACUGAAUGGUGUGGCAGGUCAGAAGUGACUAUUGAUGAUAUAAAACAAGGAGCAGGAUAUUUAGAAAUCACAGAUGGACAUGCAAUGCCAAUCACAGAAGGUGCUCUUUCACCUGAUGGUGCAGUAUUAGCAACUGCCAGUGAAGAUGGUUACAUCAGGUUCUGGCAGUUGACAGACAAUGUUGAGUGCAUGCAUGACUUCCAGCCUCAUGGUGGACAUCCCGUGUCAUGUAUGAUUUUUACUGAUAAUCAGACCUCACAAGAUAAAGAGCUGCCAAUGUGGAGAUUUUUAAUCACAGGUGCUGAUUAUAACAGAGAGAUAAAAGUCUGGUGCACAGUAACAUGGUCAUGUUUACAAACAAUCAGAUUUUCUUCUCCAGAUAUUCCAGGAUCAAGCUCCAUUCGCUCAUACUUGAAAGUAGGCAUGGACCUUUCAGCCUCCUAUUUGGUAAUUUCAGAUGUCCUCAAAAAGGUUAUUUAUGUACUGAUGUUCCACCAAAAUUUUGAUGAAGGCCAAGCGCACGUCACGUCUGUGGCCAACUUUCAUCUCACACAUCCCCUUCUAAGUUUUAUUGUUGGCCAAGUGAAGUUGUUCAAACUCAAGUCACAAGGGGAGCUGAAUGGUGAGGACAAUGGUGAAAGCCAUGAUCAUGAUGAUGAUGAUAUUCACUCCUCACAUGUUGGACUUAAAGAAAUAACUGCUGGAGAAGAGAAAGGGAAAAAGUAUGGUGUUCAACUGCAGCUCUUUUGCAUUCAAACAAGAUCAAUGCAAGAACUCUUGGUUCACUUCCAACCAGAGCCGUCUGUUCCUCAACCUACUCCAUCAACUCUUUCGUCUCUUACUACAGUAGCCGGGCAGUCUGUUAUCCAUGAUGCACUCUCUGACUUAAGUGGUGUGGAAACAGGAACAGAAGCAAGUACAGAUGUUGAAGAGCCUGAGGAGAGUACAGAUGGACCUGUUCCAGUCAGAACUAAACUAAUAACACCGCAGGCCUUUGAAAGCACUGUGUCACAGGGGUCACCCCACCCUGAAGCUGUAAAUAGCAGCAGUGGUAGCAGUAUUACAAUGAUCUCUGGGCUGAAUAACUCACAAGCAUCAGUUGAUGAGCUUCUGGGCUCAUCUGUGUCAUCAAGGCUGUCUGACUCUACUGUCAAAUCAAGCAACUCAGCAACACCUCAAGGAUCUUUCUCUCAUGAGAAUGGUAUUCUAACACCGACGUCCUUGCACCUGCCCCAGUCACCUGUAACACUAACACCCAACCCUAGUGCAAUACCCAUUUUAAACUUCCAGUCUAGUCCACAAAUGGCAUCAGUUCAAAACACACAAAGUCCAAUAUCAAGUUUUGAACCUUUGGUAGCUAUUACAAAUACUGAAACUCAAGCUUCACCAUAUACACUGGGAGAGAAAGCUGAGAACGUUUUGAAUGAUUCAAAGAGUCCAUCUGAACAGAACAGAUCACACAGUCCUGGCAGUAAGGAAAGAAACAUUGAAGUAUCUGUUGAUGAUGAUGCUAGGGAUGAAGGUGAAGAAGAAUUACCAGAGUCCCAGAAACCCGAGGCAGAAACGCUAGAGGAGGAAAAUCAAAGAGACAGAAAAUCAAGUUCUGGAUCCAGUACAAGCGAAAGUUUGAGACCUUUGUCUGCCCGUGCAGAGGGAAAUCUUAUUUGUUUGGAUGAUGAUAAGAGGGGUAUAGGAGAUGAUGUGCAGGUAGAUGGGGAGGAUGCAUUCACAGAGGAAGGACUUUUGGACCAGUGGGAUAUGAAUGGUGAUGAUGGAGUGGUACCAACUGGACGGGAGAGUCCUGAGUCAGCACAUGCACUGCCAGUUGGUACACCAACAGGCUACAAUGAGGGUAGAAAACAACCGUCAGCACUGUCAAGUUUUGUUUCUACUCCUGUAAGUACAACAGAUCUUCCUCCUCAGCAGGCCAAGGUUACAAUGGAUGGUGGUGUUUUGUCAUCACUGGAAGAGCUUCUGAGUUUGGUCAAAGCUCAACAGCAAGAUAUCUGUGACCUUCGUAAGCAGCUGAAAACAUACCAGUCUGAUCAGCAGCAGGAGAUGAUUACAGUGGUCAAUGAAGUACAUCAGGUUGAGGAGCGGGUCUCUUCUAAAUUACAAACUACACUGGAUGAUUUUUUUCGGGAAGAAUCUCAGCGUUUAGACAAAGCUCUGCGUGAUAAACAUUCAGGAGACAAAAAAAGACAUGAACAGCUACAGAGUACUUUGUCCCAAACAAUCACCACUACCUUGUCAGGAAAAUUAGAUAAAUCUGUCAAGGCUGAAAUUAAGAGUGCUGUAGUACCAGCAGUUCAAAAGGUAUUGAGUGCUAUGCAGGAACAACUCAACACUGCAUUAGCACAGAAACUAACUGCAGCAGAUACUGUAUUGAAGGACAGUAUUGGAAAAAUUGUGAAAAGUAAGGGUGUGGUUGAUGCUAUUGGUACGGCAGCAGCUAGUGCACUUCAGGGACCCAUUCAAGUGACUUACCGUGAGGCAUUCCAGAGCUCCAUUUUGCCAUCCUUUGAGAGGGCAUGCCAGAACAUGUUCCAACAAAUAAACGACUCAUUUCAUAAAGGAACUCAACAAUACCUGCAACAGGUUACAACGGCACUGGAUAACCGUAAAAGAGAGGAGAAACAUUCUUUUGAACCUGUUAUGAGACAGUUGGAAUCACAAAAACAAUCAUUCCAAGCAAUAACAGAGAGGCUUUCAUCAAACCUUAUGGCUGACUUUGAAGUUAUGAUACAGAAACAACUGUCAUCAUCAAUAGAAGGUCUACGGGAAGAGAUUUUUUCACGGCUCUUGUCUGAGGUCCUAGCUUCAGUCCAGGACUCAGUACAAAAAGAAAUGGGAUUAGGACUUGAAGGCCUACGUCAACAAUUGAAAGACAUGAUUACAGCUUCAGUAGUAAACACUUCACAACAGUCUCCUACUACUGCACAUACUCGGGUGGUAGUUUCCAAGCUGUUGGAAUCUGGACAAGUUGGACAGGCAUUCCAAGAGGCCUUGACAGUGGGAGAUCUAAACAUUGUGAUGUACGUCUGUGAAAAUGUGGAUCCAGAGAAACUCUCUUCACAGUCCCCAUGUCCUUUGUCACAACCAGUCUUGCUGUCUCUAAUACAACAAUUGUCUGUGGAUCUUACUAUGUACACAGAUCUCAAACACAAGUACAUAGAAGUAGCUCUUAUGGCCCUUGAUACACGUGAUGCUGUUACAAGAGAACAUAUGCCUGGUGUGAUAGAGGGACUAUGCCAGCAACUUCAAGCAGCCAUCGAUGAAGCUUCAGGACCCAUUCAGCGGUCCCUUAAGAUGUUACAAAUGGCUGCAAGAUCACUUCUUGUAAGAUAGCAGAGCAGAGGAUGUUACCACUCAGAAUGCCCAAAAAGAAACAUUCAUGAUGUUUUCUUUCAAUUAUGGAGGCAAGAAAUUUGUGGUAUAGAGUUCGCAGCAGAAACAAGGGAUGGCAUAGUCAAACAAGAAGGCAAAUGCCUCCUGUGCCCAAAACUGUUCAUUUUAAGUUUCCUACUAAAAAUUAGACACUGGUUUUAAAACUUGCCCGCACUUGUUUUGUGCUGGUGCAAAAUGUUAAGCACUGUUGAUAUCUCUUCAUCAAUGCUUGCUAGUAGAUGGAUCUCCAGUUUACAGCUUUGCAACCAACAGUGAGAAUUCUCCCUACUACAGAAGAUAAUAUUGAUUUGCUUUUUGUGUCUGAAAACCAAAGUUGUUUUAAGGCUACCUCCAGUUUUGUUACAAACAAAACUUGGUUUGGUAAUAAAUCAGCUUUGUGAAUUCUUGUUGCUUUGUAUUAAUUUGUGCAUUACUACUAACAGAAUUUUUUUUUAAUGCAAGUGUCACAUCUGCAUAAUGUCUGCAUAUGCUACACCGUAGCUGGUACGCAAAGACAGUUGUGAGAGGAAUGAUAAUAUUAUGCUGACUGGAGAGUGAAGACAGUGGUGGAAGGGAUUGUGAAAAUGGGGAAAGUUGUUCUUUUGCUCAGCAAAAUGGCACACACAUGGAAUGUACCUCUGAAACGAGUUUGAAGGUUAAAGAAAGGAAAAAAUUAGUCUCUAAAAGAGUACACUGGAGGAAAAUGGUAAAAAGCAUGAAAUUGAGGAAAGUUUCUUUUCAUCAGCAGAGUUUACAAUUACCUAAUAAAGUGUGAAAGUGAA